AUGGCUUUAGGUAAAUUAAGAGAUUAUUUAAAUAAUGCUUUUCGUGUAAUGGCAUUUAGACAACGUAAAGGUGAACGUGUAAGAUCACCAUUUUGGAAUGAAAAAGGUGAACCAAUACAUGAUUUAGAAGCACCGGUGGAAUUUUCAAAUAUUACUGAUAUUAUUGUUAUACCACAUUCAGUUAAUACUACUACUACAUCUAAUACUAACACUACUACUGUUAUUACAGCUACACCAACCUUAUCAACAACUACAACAAUGUCAAAUGAAUCUGAUCGGAAUAUGAAUUCAAGAUGA